GCCAGCGGGGCUUGUGUAACUUUGCUAGGGUGCCAGCAAGUUUAAAGUCCCUGGUCUCUCCUUCUCCUCCUCCUUCUCCUCCUCCUCCUCCUCCUUCUCUCGCUUCCAGACAUCCGCGCGGGCCGGAGGACGAUGAGAGGCUGAUUGUUCGCUCCGGCUCCCAUUCGCAUCCCCCCUCGCCUAUAAAUACCACCGAGAAGAAAAGCCGCUCCCGCCGCCUCCCCGAGGGUUGGGUUUUCCUUCUCGACCUGCCCGAUGGCACCGGCCGGGUGCCGCCGCUCCUGAGACCAGCUCGGCCCUUCCAGCGCCGCAUCCCGCACCCCGCAUCGCGCAUCCCGCGCCCAGAGAAAAGGAAGGUGCCCCUCGCUCUCCGCAGAGACCCUUCCCCGGUUUUUUUUUUUGUUUCUUUUUGCCUGUUUUCUCUCCCUCGCCGUCGCUCAGGGGAAGAGGAGGAAGAUGCGUGUCUCUCCGCCGGCUGUCCUGCUCGCCCAGCUCCACGCGUGCCUCUACUGGAGCUGCCUGCGCCCAGCCAGCUGCCAGCAGCCCCCUGGCCGCGACCCCCCGCCGCCCCCCGCCGCCUGGAGGCAGCGCAUCCAGUGGGAGAACAACGGGCAGGUGUACAGCCUGCUCAGCCUGGGCUCCCAGUACCAGCCCCCCCGGCGCAGGCAGCCGGCGGCGGGCAGCCCCAUCCUGCUGCUGCGGAACAACGCCACGCAGCCUCGGGGAGCUGCUGCCCGAGCCGUGCAGCCCGCAGCGGCGCAGCCCCAGCCCGCAGCGGCGCAGCCCCAGCCCGCAGCGCCCGGGCAGCCCCAGCCCCAGCCCGCAGCCGGCAGCCGCAGGGGCUCCGGAGCUCGGCACUGGUUCCAGGCUGGCUACCAGGCUCCCUCCGGGGGUAGCCGAGCUGCGGGGGUGCAGCGGAGCUCCGGGGCGACCAGGAGCGGCUCCGCAGGGUUGUCCCCCCCCAGCAGCACUGACGGCAACCGGAGCAGCGCUGGGGCGGGCGGGCCGCCGUCUCUCAGCAGCUUCAGACCCGGCCGGGAGGAUGUGAUGGUAGGGGACGAUCCCUACAACCCCUACAAGUACACGGACGAUAACCCCUACUACAACUACUAUGACACCUACGAGAGGCCCCGGCAGGGCAGCAGGUACAGACCCGGCUAUGGCACCGGCUACUUCCAGUACGGUCUCCCUGACUUAGUCCCGGAUCCCUAUUACAUCCAGGCGUCCACAUAUGUCCAGAGGAUGUCCAUGUAUAACUUGAGAUGUGCUGCCGAGGAAAACUGCCUGGCAAGUUCAGCUUACCGAGCAGAUGUUAGAGACUACGACAAUCGGGUGCUCCUGAGAUUCCCCCAAAGAGUGAAAAAUCAAGGCACAUCAGAUUUUCUGCCCAGCAGACCUCGUUAUUCAUGGGAGUGGCACAGCUGUCACCAACAUUAUCACAGCAUGGAUGAAUUCAGCCACUAUGACUUGUUGGAUGCGAGCUCACACAGAAAAGUUGCUGAAGGACACAAAGCAAGUUUCUGUCUUGAAGAUACCUCCUGUGAUUACGGAUAUUAUAGACGUUAUGCAUGUACAGCACAUACGCAGGGACUGAGCCCUGGCUGCUACGACACCUACAAUGCUGAUAUAGAUUGCCAGUGGAUUGAUAUUACAGAUGUAAAACCUGGAAAUUACAUUCUGAAGGUGAGCGUAAACCCCAGCUAUUUGGUGCCUGAGUCCGAUUAUUCCAACAAUAUAGUUCGCUGUGAUAUACGCUAUACAGGCCACCACGCAUAUGCCUCUGGCUGUACAAUUUCACCAUAUUGAGAGAGAUACAAGAAAAUGGAUGAGACGGUGCCAAAUGUUUUGAACUGAAGUACCAUUAUAUAAACUUCAAUAGGAUGUAAACACUAUAGAAACAAAACUACAGAACAUACACACAUACACCCACACACCUUAUGUGAUUUUGAAGCACUUCAGCUGCUUCUCAACCAAAUCUGUAACUGGAUUUUAAGCAUUUAAAUUGGCAUUACUUUUAUUGUUAUUGAAAUGUGUGGAACUGGUGAUUCAUGCACAAAUACUUUAAAUUUUGAAAAUCUAACUCAUUCGUAAAAACAUAAGCAUUUCUUAACUCCUGAAAAUCUGGAGUUUAGAUGAUAAUAGACUUCAAUGGGAAUACUACUGGUGAAUGAGUUGAACAUAUUUUAAAAGGUAGCAAAAAUUUAUGUAAAAUUAAUUAGAUAAAAUGCAAUAGAAAGUACUAAUGUCAGCUAUCUCAGAAAAUACCAGAAUGAAAAACAGUUUUAAGAGUAAUGCUCCAGCAUAAUUAAAAUAAAACUCGCUAGGACACGUUAAUAUGAAUUAGAAAAGUAUGUUGAGUUUUCAAGGAAUAUGAACAUAUAGCAGAAAAAUACAUAUAUCUAUAUAUCUAUCAGUUAUACCCCUGCAGGAAAAGUUACGUUUACAUUUUUAAUACAUUAGAAGUUUUUCCAUUUUCUUAAGUAAAAAGCAGAUGAGGUUUUGAAAGAAGCCUUCCAUCUGUGGAAAUGAAUUAAAGAACUUAAUCCACCUUUCUAUGUACAAGAGAUUUUUCAAGGUGGGGCUUUUAAAAGACUUCUGCAAACUUAGUAUGGAUAAAAAUAGAUAUCUGUCAAGAAAGGGGCUCUUGGAGAUGAUUAAGAGACCCUGAUGUAGUCAUCUGUGAAAAACAUCCAACUUGAAGAGGUUAACCAUCAAAGUUAUACAGACGAUUAACUCAGGUGACACCACAAACAGAAGUAGGUCAGAAUCUCUAGAAAAGUAUUUUUAUCAUGAAAAAAGCCUACUACCUGCUUCCCCCUUAAGUACUGUAUUUGACUUUUUAAAUUUAUAUUUCACUAUUCGAACAAUGAAGUUGAAAAUAUAUUAUCUAUAGAGGGAGAACAAAAGUAAAGGUAUUUAACAUCCUACUUUAGGCUGUUCAGGAAACAAAUACACCAUUAUUAAGGGGAAAAACUUCCAGCCUGAAUUACAAGUUUUAGCUGAACUGCUUAACUGGUGCUGGGUAUUCUGCUCCUCCUCCCAUCCCCAAAUUAUUUUGCUUUUGCAAUGCACCCUGCUGUAAGCUACAGUAGCUGUGAUUUUUUUUUUUCUUUUUUUUUUUUAAAAACUGUGAAAUAACAUAUCACAAGGGGAUCUGGUGUUUUGUUUCAGAAGAUUUCUGAUAAUGUAAAAUGAAGGAUCUACUUUUGAAACAGGGGGACCUAGAAAUAUUGAUUGGUAUUGGUUAAGUUUAAUCAGCAGUUCAAAACACCCAAUGAAACAUGGAAAGCUCAGUAUGUUUUUUUAAAAAAAAAAUUGAAAAUACAUGUUCUAUUCAGUAUAGUUAAAAACUGAAAAAUCUGAGGAGUAUGGAGAGGUUUUAUUAUCACUUGAGAAUAGUUCAGGCAGUAUGGAAUUAAAUUGGAAGCUUUAUGAAUUAUCGUAAUAUCCUUUAGAGAUCAGCUUUUUCUUUAUUACAUGUAUUUAAGCUUAUUUCACAAUUAUGAAGUAUUUCCACCUUAAUGAUAAAUUACAAAUUUGCACAACUGUCUCAGUAACCCAGUGACUGCUACCCAGCACUGGGAGUGGUGCAGAAGUGGGAGUGAUACGAUUUAUUUCUGCAGAUCCCUUUUUGUUUGCUGAGAGAUACAUUUUAGCAGUCAGUCACCAGUAUGGGCAACGAACAGAAGCAACAUGUGGAAACUAGAUUUAUUAGAAAGCCAUUUAUUACAUAUGUCUGCAAAAAUCAGGGUCUGUUUUAAAGUCUAGGCUUCUGAAAUCUCAGCCCAAAUAGUUUCUAAGACUAAAAGGUCUUAAGGGAUGCAAGUGCAUUCACCUUUCUAUAGGCUUAGGUCAAAAUUGGGGUGAAAGUCCUGACAGCAGCUUGGGCAAUGGACACAAAAGCUGCUGUAAUGGAAGCCAGGCUGUGGGCACGGGCUGAUUACUGGUUGAGAGGUAGUGUGCUCAUACCUCGUUGUGCCUGAUGCUGAAUGUGGGAAGAGAGCACUAACUGGACACACAGCAGCCACAGGGAUCGAGCUUAUCCCUUGGCUUAUGAGGCAGUAACCUGCUCACAUGUCUAUACCCAAACUACUUGCAGAACUCCACUGAAGUCAGCAAAAAGGCAGAGGACCUUGGGCAUCUGUGUAGGUGGAGCAAGUUGUAAUACUGGACUUAGUCCUUUCAGUGGGAAUGGCCUGGUUCGGAAAGGUGUUGAACGCCAUAAUAUUGGGGAUAUUGUAGCUACAAAAACGUAGCUUUUUUUUUCCGUAGCAAAAUAUUGUAUUUGUUUUGACAUGUGUGUUAAGCAACAUGACAGUGAUGUAAAAUAGCACAAAAAUUGCCUAAGAUAACAUGAUAACAUGAACAGUCUAUUUUGAAAAAGAAAGGAUUUUAGGAUUAAAAAAAAUGAAGGAAUGUGACUUUAACUUCCCCUGUUCAACUAUAGUAAAUCGCAACGCAGUAGAAGAGUUUAUUAUAUAGCAUGUGUAGUAGUUCUAAAUAGGGGAGUGUCAACCAGUGUUUUCAGUAUCUUGGUUCUGCAGUUUUGACCCAGACACUUUAACCUACUUUUUUCAUACUGGAAUAUAUUUAUGGGAUUACGUGCAUUUUUGCUGGAAAAAAAAAUUAUAAAACCUGUUUUGGUAAAAGCGUCUUUUAUACAGCAAAUUAUUGUUUGGAAUACCUUCUAGCAGACAUUCGGAUUAUUCCCAUCACCCUUUAAAGGCAUCUUGCCAUUGGUUUUGGUGGGAGCAAAAUCAGAUUUAAAUUUGGUGAGAACCUUAGUACCAAUUUGCUGUUUUGCAGUCUCAAAUUUUGCUUUGAAAAGCCAAAUUGUAAAAAUGUGUGUGAAGCAAUUACCUCCCACAUUUCAGAUAUUUAGUUAAAAAUUGCACAUAAGGAACAUAUUGUAUGCCAGGCUCAUUACAGGAGGGAUUUAUUAUAUAUUUUUUUUAAUCCUGAAAUACAUUUGAUAUUUGCAUAUUUCUAGACAAAAGUGUAACAAAAAUGACAGAUUGGUCACCAUUGGAACCAACAUAUUGUGUAGAUGAUGUUUUUGUGUUAGUAAAAGUCUAGUCAUUUUCUCUCUGCUCCAAAGUUUACUAUGCAGCGUUGAAUGAGUGCAAACACUAAGUGUACCUUCCUAUAGUCAUUCAUGCAUCGUUUGUGGUGUACUCAUUCAAAACCAGCAGGGUGAAUUUCAUAAAUGAGACAUUGAAAGGUGGUUUAUCCUGUGUCUCAAAUCUAUGCCAAUAUGGCAUUUUCAUUUUCUCCAAAUCGUAAAAGGUGCUGAAAGAUUUUAACUUGAAUUAAAACCAAAGAGUAUGUUAUUGGGAGGUUUUUAUUAUGCAAGUAAAUGCUACAGAUACAGUGAAAAGCCACUUGUUUUGCAACUUUUUUGAAGGUUUUUCAUUAUUUCAUUGUCUUUUCUUUCAAGAGUCUUGAUUUCAAUAACUUUUCAUCUUUAUCUGAAGAGCUCUAAUUUAUAAUAUUCAGGCACUAGCUUUGUAUUCUUCAUUGCACUUUCAUAUUCUUGUGUUACAUGCCCGUAUUAUGGUUGCAAGUUUAUGUGAAAAUGACUUGAAUAAAAUGUUUCAAGCGUUCUGCUUGUCGAAGUAUUAUAGUUAAUGCAUGGGCCAGAUCCAUCUCUCAAUGCAAACGCUGAAAUUAAAGUUAUUUUACCUAUAUGAAAAUGAAGAUUCUGUCAUGCUGACAUGGUCUUGGAAAAAAAUGUCACAAGUUAGAAACAAGAAGGAAAAAUUUGCAAGGCAUGAUAAAUUACCUCUCACACUGCACAGGGGUUUCAAGGAGGCCUAACAGAAUGAGGUAUGCUUCAUCCGGACACAAGGUACUAUACAAGAAACCCCUCUGUUCCUCUCUUGCGAGACCUAAUCUGGAGUAUUGUGUCCUGUUCUGGAAUCCU